CGCGAGGAGAUGCGCCUGGGCGCCGCGCCGCCGGCAUCAUGCACCCCCAGCCCGCGCUGGCCCUGGCUGCGCUCUGCCUGCUGGCGCUGCCCGCUGCCGCCGCUGCUGCCUACUUCGGCCUGACUGGGCGGGAGGUCCUGACGCCCUUUCCAGGACCAGGCACGGCUGUGGCCCCAGCCCAGGGAGGGGCCCACCUGAAGCAGUGUGAUCUGCUCAAGCUGUCGCGCCGGCAGAAGCAGCUGUGCCGGCGGGAGCCUGGCCUGGCUGAGACUCUGCAGGAUGCCGCGCACCUCAGCCUGUUGGAGUGUCAGUUCCAGCUCAGGCAGGAACGCUGGAACUGCAGCCUGGAGGGGAGGACAGGACUGCUCAAGAGAGGUUUCAAGGAGACGGCCUUCCUAUACGCAGUGUCCUCGGCGGCGCUCACCCACACUCUGGCCCGGGCCUGCAGCGCUGGGCGUAUGGAGCGCUGCACCUGUGAUGACUCUCCGGGCCUAGAGAGCCGGCAGGCCUGGCAGUGGGGUGUGUGUGGCGACAACCUCAAGUACAGCACCAAGUUCCUGAGCAACUUCCUGGGGCCCAAGAGAGGGAGCAAAGAUCUGAGGGCACGAGCAGAUGCUCACAACACCCAUGUGGGCAUCAAGGCCGUGAAGAGUGGCCUCAGGACCACGUGUAAAUGCCACGGUGUGUCAGGCUCCUGCUCUGUGCGCACCUGCUGGAAGCAGCUCUCCCCAUUCCGCGAGACAGGCCAGGUGCUGAAGCUGCGCUAUGACUCAGCCGUCAAGGUGUCCAGUGCCACCAACGAGGCCUUGGGCCGCCUGGAGCUGUGGGUGCCCUCCAGGCUUGGCAGCCCCACCAAGGGCCUUGCCCCGCGGCCUGGGGACCUCGUCUACAUGGAGGACUCGCCCAGUUUCUGCCGGCCCAGCAAGUACUCGCCGGGCACAGGGGGCAGGGUGUGCUCCCGGGAGGCCAGUUGCAGCAGCCUCUGCUGCGGGCGGGGCUAUGACACCCAGAGCCGCCUGGUGGCCUUCUCCUGCCACUGCCAGGUGCAGUGGUGCUGCUAUGUGGAGUGCCAGCAGUGUGUGCAGGAAGAACUCGUGUACACCUGUAAGCACUAGGCUCGCUGCCUGUGUGCCCUCUGGGGACUGCCAGGAACUCCCACGGUGCCCGGCCACCUGGAGGCCACCCAGCGGUCCAGCCAGCGCCCGGCAGGCACACACAGUGUGCACGAGCUCACCAGUAUGUGCCAGUGUAGACACUCCUCCCUCCACCGGGCCUGAGCAGCCUUCUCCUCCCUCAAUACUCAGCAAAGAGAAGUUCAGGCCCCACCCCUGAACCUGAGGGCACCCAGCCUUGUUGAGGACUUGGAGCAGGAGGGCAGUGGGAAAGAAUGUGAAGGAGAACAGGGAGACCAAGAGGAGGGCAGGACUGAAGCUUUGGAGGAGGAAACAGGGUUCAUCCUGCCAUCUCAAUUCCUGGGCUGAGAGGCCUGGAGACAGCCGGAUGCUGGGAGGCGAGCCGCUGGGCCGGGAAGACCUGGGGAGGCAGGGCUGGCUGGAAGCAAAGGCUGGCAUCUGGCUGGAAUGGGUCCGUCCAGCCCGCAGGCCCUGCUCAGAUUGCAAUGAGCCCGGGGGCCGUACGUCUUCACUACCCCUGUGGUUUUGCUGUGCUAAAGAAGGGGCCAAAGGCCAAGUGGUAGGAGCUGUUUCUUUGGAGAAAGGCAGGCUUUCUGGGCUUGAGGGGACCCAGCUCAGAUAUGUGGCCAGGAGCCCUGUGUCCUUGAUUUGCUUUAUAAAAUAGGCCUGCACUGAGGCUUCAUGCUUGUGUUAAGAGCUGAGUUACCCACACCCGCCCACUCUGCUCAGUAAGAGCAGCAGGGAUGCAAGGCCAGCAGGGAGGACUGGUUCCCCGGGUGGGGCUCAGACAGUGCACCAAGGUUGCUCAGGAAGAUGGUGACCCCACACCCACUUCCCUCAUUUACCCUGGGACAUGGAACCUUUAGUCCGUCCCGGGAGAGGGUGACAGUAGCUCAGUUUCUCAGCCUGCUUUGGUCAACUGCCCGUGGCUGCAGUCCACCUGUGCAGUGAGGUCCUAACGCGGCUGACAUUCAUGAUACAGGGGAGAUGGUUUCUGAGUUCUGAUGCUGGUUACGUUUCUACUCUUACAGCUACUCACCUAAUUAGGUUUUGUGCCCUGGUGGGAGGUAUUGGUGCAGGAAAGCCUUUGCUAAGCCUAGCUCCUUGGGGACCCCUUCAUUUACUAAUGGCCCCUGUCUUUGGUUCUUAACUGAGGAAUAGAAGUGACUUUGCUCUGAUCCUGUGGACAUUUCCAAGGUCACCUCCUAAGCCCUGUGUGGGAGGAGGAAAGAGAAACUGGAAUGGACACACACAUAUGCACCCCUUAGGCCUGCCAGGCUGAGGGUUCCUGUCUAGUGGCACACACCUCUCUGGUUCAGGACCAAGGUGUCAGUGGCAGGGGUCGCUCUGCUGGAGGCUGUGUGCUUCCCCGGCACAGGGCCCAAUGCCAGCCAGGGGGAGGUGCCCUCCUUUGGGAAGCCCUUGGCCGCUUUGCCUGUCCUGCCACACCCUCCGUCAACUUCCUUUCUCCUUGAACCCAGAGGUGCUGACCCUCUGGUGAAACAGGAAGCUUCUGAGUUAGCUGAAUGCUCAGAAGCCAUCGUGCAUGCCCCAGGAAGAAGCCCCUGGGGCUCCCUGAGACCUCCAAGGGGUAGGAGGCAUGGCCCGUCCUUAGGCGGAUCAAGGAAGCCUGGGAGGUGCUGGAAGGAUUUUUGGCUGCAGAGACUGAUGAGAAGCCAAACGGACCUGAGGGCCCCCCAAGACUGGCUUUGCUGACCCGAGCAGUUGGCCCACAUCUUGGCAAAAAGAGCAGAAAGGAAAGAGGGCUGAUUUUUCUAGUUUCUUCCAUUCUCCCACCACAUGGAGACUUCCUCUCUGCCAGCCUGAUCCAUCUUGCUCCGUACACCUGGCUCAGCCCCAGGCAUGAGGCAGUGGAGGCCUCACUGGCAAGAAGAAGGGACCUCAUCUGCCAACAUGCCGUCUUUGCCCCAGCUUCAUGGCCACCAGUGCUGGGGCUGAAGGAGGAUAAAGGGCCGGCUCUGAGGGCCCCUCAGCCUGCAGGGCCCUGUCCAGUCCUCUCCCUCUCUCCUCUUCCUUGCUCCCACCCCUAUUGCCCACACAGGUCCACCUCAGCCCUGCUAGGGCCCCUGGGGACCAGUGACCACAAACCCUUCUAUUCUACAACUUAAAGGGAAAGA